UGUAUUAGCGUCCUUUGCUUUUCUGUUCAUGUUGUUCUUGUUGUUUUUAAAGCGUGCGUAUAUGUACGUUUGUGUAGCGUAAACUUGACAAAUGUAAUCAGAAGAGCCACAAAUCUCAUUAAUAUGGACGCAUGACGUAAAACAGGCGCCAGUAUUUGUGCGAGUUCUGAUUGGUUUACGGCCGUUUCCGGUUUCUGCGCUCUGCAUUUGAAAAAGUGUUCGGUUAGUUCCUCAAGUUUUUAAGGGACGCGGUCGCCAUUGUUAAAACCAAGCGUCCGAAAUGUUGCUGGAAGGACAAUUUAGGGCAUAACAAAGGUGUGGCUUGUCUCGGACAGUCUCAUAAUAUCGGCUUUGGGACUAUUAUUAGCCAGGCGAGAAGCAUCCGUUCGCGAGGGAAGUUAUGACUGAGCUAUCCAGCUUUAGCUUGUUAUUAGCCGAGAGAGGCUUUCGUCAGUAAGGAAAACACAGCUUAUCGGGAGAGGUUUCAUUUGAGUGGCAUGCGUUUUCAUGCAGUGCUGUUAUAAACAAACUGUCUUUUUCAAGCACGUUCGUGGCUAACUAGUUAGCUUAUUUUUAUUUUUUUUGUACUUUAUUCGGGCCUUUCUUUGUGGAAGCGCAAUAAUGGCGACGCGUGUGGCGGUAUCAGAUGGAGGAAACAAGAAGACAUCCAGGGUCCGCGUAGCUGUUCGUCUGCGACCCUAUAUGAACAAAGAAGACGAGAAAAGCGAGGGACCGUGUGUAAGAGGCCUGGACUCUCAAAACCUGGAGAUAAUCAACUGGAGGAACGCCACAGAAACUGUUAAAUACCACUUCGACGUUUUUCAUGGUGAACAAACGACACAGCAAGAAGUUUUCCUCUCAUCAGUGAAGCCCAUUCUGCCGCACAUCUUGAACGGACAGAAUGCCAGUGUGUUUGCUUAUGGACCAACAGGAGCUGGUAAGACCCACACUAUGCUGGGGAGUUCAGAGCAGCCGGGUGUGAUUCCCCGAGCUGUUCGUGAGGUCUUCAAGCUAGUGAAAGCCAAGGAUGAGAGUGAUGGAUGGGACUACAGCAUUGGCAUGUCGUAUUUGGAAAUUUACAAUGAGAAGGUGCUUGAUCUUCUGUCGCCAAACUCCCAGGAUUUACCCAUCAGAGAGGACAAAGACAAGAACAUCCUUAUCCCUGGCCUGACACAUAUGAACAUGACCAACUUCGCAGAUUUUGACAAACACUUUGUCCCUGCGACGCUCAACCGUACUACAGCUUCUACUAAGCUAAACCAGCGUUCCAGCCGCAGCCACGCUAUCCUUCUCAUUAAGGUUGUACGGACUCAGCAGCAACUUCCCCACAGACAACAGACAGGCAAACUGUACUUGGUCGAUUUGGCUGGCUCAGAGGACAACCGCCGCACCGGCAACCAGGGCAUCCGUCUGAAGGAGAGCGGUGCCAUCAACCUGUCUCUCUUCACACUCAGCAAAGUUGUGGACUCUCUAAACUCAGGCACUUCGGUGCGCGUGCCGUACAGGGACAGUAAACUGACACGGCUUCUGCAGGACUCUCUGGGAGGCUCGGCACACUCCGUCAUGAUCACCAAUAUUGCACCAGAGUACAAAUAUUAUUUUGACACCUUCAGUGCACUCAACUUUGCGGCCAAAUCCAAGCUCAUUGUGAACAAACCCUUCACCCGUGAAACUGUGGCUGUGCCUGUGCUGCCAGUGAAGCGGUCCAGAGAGGAACGAGAGACAGGGGGGUCUGGCACUGAGCCACAGAAGAAGAAGCAUAAAGAGGAGAAGAAAUCCGAACACGAUGGUUCCUCGCCCGCUACACGUAACCACAGUUCGUCAGACCAGUCACUGAUGGGUAGACUAAUAGCUUUGGAGAAGAGAACGAUGAGCUCCCAGGACAAAGAGAGACUGGCCAUGCUUAAAGAGAUCAAGGAGCUCAAAGAGAAGCAGAGGGAGCUUGAGAGCAAGGCCAUGCUAUUCAGUCAGUUGGCUGGAGAAAAGUCGAUUACAGGACAAGAGCCCGACUUCGAGAACAAGACAACUGCCCUGCGGAGAAAACAGUCAGAUGCCACAAAACCCAAUAAACAGCAGGCUGUGGUCCAACCACUGCAAGUGUCCCAGCGCCAGCCCCUUCAGCAGCUUCUUGUGGUCAAAAAGCAGUCGGUGUGCGUCAAGAAGAAAGAGGAGACGUGUUCAGACCUGAUUGAGUCCCUGGGUGGUAAAGAGAACAACACAAAGAGUGCUUGGGAGUCCCAGCUUGACCAGUCGAUGGUGGAUCAGUCCAAGCAGAAAAUCCUGCAAAUUCUGAACACAGGCUGCCUGAAAGAGCUGAAAAGUCUGCAGCAGAUCGGUGACAAGAAGGCGAAGCUCAUUCUGGGCUGGAGGGAGAUCCACGGUCACUUCACAAAGGUGGAAGACCUGAUACAAGUUGAGGGGAUGACGGAAAAGAGAUUUUCCUCCUUCAUGAAGGCGAACAUCGUGAGUGCCAUGGGGAAAUGAUUUUCUGGUUUUUAAAUAUAAAUCGUGUACAUACUUUAUUUUUUAUCUGAAGCCACCUUUUUUUUUUCCUUUUUUUUUUUUCUUCCUCUUUUUUUUUUUUUUUUUAAUGCUUGGUGUCAUUGUGUUUAUGUAGUGUCUGCUGUGCCCAGCUGGUGGCGUGUCCUUUUUAAUAAACCUCCCAUAUCACGUUA